UUUAACAUCUACAAAAUCUUUCAAAUUGCUGCGGAUACCACAGAUUUGGCGGUCUCUACUUCCUUGCUCUUCGGUGUCAUUGCAUUUGUGAAAUUUGGGUUCCUCUUUGUAAGUUGUAAGAAUGGUGGGUUUAUCUCUAGGAGAACAACAUUUCAUCCAAGGUGGCAUUGCUCAGGAUCUUCGCUGUGAUGGUAGAAAGAGAUUGACUUAUCGACCAAUUUAUGUUGAAACUGGAAUCAUUCCUCAGGCAAAUGGUUCGGCCAGAGUUAGAAUAGGUGCUACAGAUGUCAUUGCCAGUGUGAAGGCUGAACUUGGAAAACCAAGCUUCAUGCAACCUGACAAAGGGAAAGUCUUGAUACAUAUUGAUUGUAGUUCGACUGCAGAGCCUGCUUUUGAGGGUAGAGGGGGUGAGGAGUUGUCAUCAGAACUGUCAACUGCUCUUCAACGCUGUCUCUUGGGUGCUAAAAGUGGAGCAGGUGCUGGAAUUGAUCGCUCUUCGCUUGUUGUUGUCGAAGGGAAAAUUUGUUGGGAUCUUUAUAUUGAUGGGCUUGUUGUCAGUUCAGAUGGAAAUUUGUUAGACGCCCUAAGUGCUGCCAUCAAGGCUGCUUUGAGCAAUACUGGUAUUCCAAGCGUCAAAGUAACUGCUGGUGCAUCAAGUGAUGAGCAACCAGAAGUUGACAUAAGUGAUGAGGAGUUUCUGCAGUUCGACACAUCUGGAGUCCCUGUUAUAGUUACACUGACUAAGAUUGGGAGACAUUAUAUUGUGGAUGCCACACCUGAAGAGGAAUCACAAAUGAACUCUGCAGUUUCUAUCUCUAUUAAUAGGAAAGGGCACAUCUGUGGUAUAACCAAACGAGGAGGUGCUGGGCUGGAUCCGAGCGUCGUUCUUGAUAUGGUAUCCGUGGCUAAGUAUGUAAGCGAGCAGUUAAUGAAUAAAUUGGAUUCAGAAAUAGCUUCUGCUGAAGCUGAAGAUGGGUCAUGACAUAGAACUUAGUGAUGUAAUUAUGCAGUUGUUGACUUGGACAAAAUUCUGUAAUUUGGUAGCUGUGCUAGUUAGGAGUGGUGCAUUUCAUAUUUUGUCUUUUUAAGUUUAGCUUUUGAGAUGGUUGUUUGAUGUCAUACAAGAUUUUAAAUUGCAGUCGCGAGUGAUGAUUUUUGGUUGCCACCAA